AUUUGUUCUAAAGAAAAUGAACACUUUAGCUCUAUUCGGUCCAAGGAAUGUGUAUAAAUCAUGUGGUGUCCUAAUUUUAUCCAGAAAAUUAUGUAGCGGUAGUAGUUUAUUUAGCUAUAAAAUUGAUACUGAUUUUUAUUGUUCGGAUGAACCCUUGAGGAGAAUGUGGAAGGGUCUUAGUAUUGGUUCUGUUUUUGAUGAAAUUCGUGAUGAUUGUGCGGGUUACGGAAGUGACUUCGAGGCCCGUUUUACGGCUAGAAAAGGGUUUCUCGAGAGUGGAAGGGAUGAUGCUAGGAGAAUUCUUGAGGUUUUAGAACGAGAUGGGCAGAGAUUUGAUGUAAAAGUUGCUAUUAGUGAAUUGCGGGUGAGGAUCUCGGGGUUUCUUGUGAGGGAAGUUCUUAAUGGAAUUCUGAAGACCAUAAAUUAUGCGAAUAAAACCAGGUGUGCGAAAAUCGGAUACAAGUUUUUUGUGUGGUCUGGUCAGCAAUAAGCUUAUAGGCACACUGCAGACUCAUAUCACUGGAUAAUGAAGACAUGUGCAGAGUGUGAGGAAUACAAGGCAAUGUGGAGACUAGUGGAUGAGAUGACAGAGUGGCUUCCCUACGACUGCCAGGACAUUUAAUAUUUUGAUAUGCACGUGCGGUGAGACGGGCUUAGCUUGAAAAGUUGUGGAGAGGUUCAUCAAGUCAAAACAUUCAAUUAUAGGCCAUU